UGUAACUUUGCCCCCUUGUGCUGGUGGUCAGUGGAACUUUGCCCCCUGUGCUGGUGGUCAGUGGAACUUUGCCCCCUUGUGCUGGUGGUCAGUGGAACUUUGCCCCCUUGUGCUGGUGGUCAGUGGAACUUUGCCCCCUUGUGCUGGUGGUCAGUGGAACUUUGCCCCCUUGUGCUGGUGGUCAUUGGAACUUUGCCCCCUUGUGCUGGUGGUCAGUGGAAGGUCUGUUAUUCUGUUUUUCUUUUAACACAAAAGAUGUUAAUGUAUGGG